UAUUUCUAUUUUCUGUUUGCUGUUUGUGUAAGAAAUUUUAAAAUUUUAGUAAAUAAUUGAAUCAAGAAAUAGUUACCUAACAUGAACAUACUUGGUGAUAUUUACAAAAAUAAGUUGCACGAAAGUGAGAAGAAUAUAAAAUUCUGGGAAGAAUAUUUGCAGAACUUAAGCUCAUUAGACUUAAGUGUAUACUCGGAUAAAUUGACUGUACCUAUAUUAGUACCAAUAGGUAACAAGAUACUAUUUAGAGGGACUCUCAAGCAUACAAAUGAAGUAACUGUUGCUCUAGGAGCUGACUACUUUACUAAAUGUUCUAUAAAACAAGCUGAAGUACUGAGGCUUCAUAGAAUAAAUGAUGCAAAAAACAAACUGGAGACAUUUGUUAAAGAAAAAGACUAUCUUGAAAGUCAAAUAUCUUUUGGUAAGGGAAUUUUUCAUGAUAUUCAAGGCCAAGAUAUUAUUGAAGAAUGCAAUGAAGAAGAAGACAGGGCUUGGAGGGAGAAGCAUAGAAAAAGAGUCAGAGAAUAUUACCAAAAUAAGAAAAAGGAAGAAGUUGAACAAAGUGGUAUUACUGAUGAUGAGCUAUGGUCAAGAUUGGAGGAACUUGAGCUUCAGGAAGAAUUAGAAAAUGAACUAGCUCAUGAAAACAUUGAACAAGAACUUGACGAUAGUAACAAAAAUGAAUAUGACUCAUUUAUAAUAAAGGAAGAUGAUGUCAGUAAUAUUAGACAAGAACAUCCAAAUAAAGGACAAAACAUACCACAAAUCACUCAUAAUUUUCCAAAGAACACUUCAAACGUUGAUUUGUUGCUACAAGUUAUUGACAGGCAAAAAAUGCUUGAAGAAAAGUUGUCUACCAUUAAAAAUAGAGAAAGAGUUGAAACCAAAACAGAAGCUGAUUUAUUGUCUAGAUUAGAUGAAAUGGAGCAGCUUGAUGAAUUAGAAGAUGAGAUGGAGAGGUUAGAUGAGAUAAUUGAAGAAGAUGAAGUUAUGGAAGAUUCGAUUAAAAGUGAUGAUAAUUCAAGGAAAAUUAGAAGAAAAGUUUCCUUUGCUGAAAAUAAUGAUGAUAUCACUAUAGAAAUCAAUUUCAAACAUUCAAAUGUUGAAGGUUCCAAAGAACCUUAUAAACAAGAAAAGGGUAUCAUAAAACCAAGUGAUGUUUAUGAAGCAUAUUCAACAUUGUUUAGCAAUGAAACCAAUUCUAUACUUAAAAAAUCAAAAUAUAAUGAUGUUCAAAUAAACAAAAUCUUUAACAAUGAAGUUACAAAAUCAACUGAAGUGCCUCAAUAUACAACUCAUGUAGAUAAUUCGAAGACUAUAAUUGUUCAAGAUGUCAUUGAAAGAUCAGAUAUUGAUAAAAAUAAAAUAAAAUAUGAUACAAGACCAACAAGUUUAUUUAAGAAGAAGAGACAACAACAAAAAACGCAGCAAAAUGAAAAUCAAAUAGGUCUAUUCUACACUAUGAAUAAUGAUUUAUGCAAGCAACUAUUCUCACAUGGCGGUUUACCGAAGAGUUUCACCAAACAGGCCAAAACAUUCACAGAGACAGCAUUGAUGGUUCGGCAUCCAGCUCUUGAUGUCAUCAACUGUAUUAAAGCCACAGACUUAAACAAACCGGCUGUUAGAUAUGUGCUAUAUGGUGAAAAAGGAACUGGCAAGUCAUUGACUCUUGCACACCUAUUGCAUUUUGCUUAUGAGGAUGGCUUUUUGAUUGUCCACAUACCAUGGGUGUCAGAAUGGUUGCGAAGGGUGCCUCGACACAAAGAAAUGUCCAACUCACAGAGUCGUGAAGGUUUGGUUGACAUACCACUGGACGCUGCUGCGUGGCUGUUACACUUCAAGAUGCAGAAUCAAGUACUUUUGAAAUCAGGAGAUCUGAAAAUAUCACAGGAGUACGUGUGGAGUAAACGUGAGAAGACGGAUGCGGGGGCACCGCUAGCAGAGUUAGUGGAGCACGGCAUCACGCGCGUCAAAUACGCCUGUGACGUCAUUGAUGUUCUCAUCAAGGAGAUCAAACUACUUUCUAACAGCAAAAAAUGCAAGACUUUCGUUGCAAUCGAUGGCUUCAACAGUUUCUUCUAUCCCCUUACAAGGCUCAGGACAACAACAAAGAAGAAGGUCACUCCAGAAGAAGUCAGUCUUACAGCGCCGUUCAUGAAUAUCACUAAAAAUGAUUGGAGUAAUGGUGUCAUUGUUCUAACAACAGAUCAACUAGCAGUACCAGCAGAUCGUCAAGAGAACUACUUACCCAAAUAUCUGCUUUAUCAAAAGGGAUUCGAACACCUAGAUCCGUUUGUGCCAGUGGAAAUAGGCAGAUACACUGAGCGGGAGUUCAUGUCGUGUGCCAAUUACUACAGAGACAGGCUUUGGCUAAGAGGGCCUCCUGAGCUAGAAAGUGAACUUAAACUCACCAGUGCGUCCCACAAUGUGACGUUUUCCGAUACAUUCUCCCACAUAGAACCAGAAGAUCACCUCCAUUCCCACAAACGUGUUAAGUGUCGCUUGUUUAACUGUCUGAUUUGUGUAAUUUUUCUUUCGUUUUUAGUAGUUGUAAGCAAUGCAAUACUACAAGGAACAGUAGAUGUUAAGCGGCUGCAAGGAAUCCUAGAGGAAGGUGUGAAGAGUAAAGAUGUUGGUGCUCUGUACUUUUCUCUCAAAGGCUUGACACUGCUCAAGGCUCCUUUACCUGACGUCUGUGAUGAUAUUUCAAAAAUCAAAUAUGAUCUUGGGAAUAUAGAACAAAUAUUCUAUCUAACAAAUGCAGCAGAACUAUCUGGUUGUCAAAAUUACCUGAGCCCAGAAGUUCUACGGACACCUGUGGCUACUCUAGACAAGAAGGAUGCGUCCCUGGCAGAUGUGUAUCAUGCUAUAUAUUCUAUGAAGGCUUUAGGCAAAGGCACAGUGUACGAUAGAGAAGAUUCCUUAAAGAACCUCAUUCAGAUUUUGAAAAAGGAUGACACACCAGCUAACUAUGCUUACGUUUUCGCGCUGUGCGAACAUAUGGGCUGCAAUGCUUGGACUGCAAUGCACGCGGAGAGUGCCUUGCUUGCGGCAGAUGAGACAGACUCUAAAAUGCUGCACUUUGAUGGAGGCCUCCCGGUCACUUCCUUAGUGCUGUCUACUAUCUUCAGAACGUACAAAAACCUGAAGAAGCCGUCGCCCCUGACAGAGGGGCAGCGCUACAAGUUCGCUGCGUACUUGCUGUCGCGCCGCUCUGUGACGUCACCGCGCGGAGCCGCACUGCUGCUUGAAGCCGCCAUGCUGCUCGCGGAUGAACAGCCAACACCGAUCAGCAUAGUUUUCAAGGACAGGAAAUACAUCACAUCCGAUAUAGACACCAUAGAGUUCUCAGUGACCGAUCUCAUAGGAAGACCCGUUCCCAACCUCAAACCUGAAGAAGUUGUGGCCCAAUCGGGAACACGCCUAGCCGACGACGUGGUCGUGUUGUCCAAACAACCCUUAAGCCAGAAACAGAGCGAGCAAACGACUUUCGUACUUAACCUCAGUAAGAUUAAGGCUCAGCAUGGCCUGUACAAGAUAUCGCUGAGCGCGGGCAGCAAGUCGGCAAGCUUCAACGUGGCGGUGCUGGGUGAGAUACAGGUGACGAGCGUGGAAAUCGGCGUCGGCGACGUUGACGGCACCACAAGCCCAAAGAUCAGCACUGUGGCGUAUCCGAACAAACUCGGCGAGAAACUACAGGCGGACCAUUUGCAGAAAGUGAGCCUGAAGUUCAGUGUGCGCGACAAGUUCAACAAGCCGGUUCUGCUACAGCAGGCGUUCGUUCGCGUGGCGCCGCUCGCGGGCCCCGAGGAGGCCAUCUACGUGGCUGAGCCCGACAACUCCAAGACGUACAAAGUCGACCUGAACGUGGGCGCGAUCUCGAAGCACCUGAGCCACGCCAGCGGACUGUACUCCGUGACUCUCCUACUGGGUGACAGCGCCGUCGCCGCGCCCGUCUCCUGGCAGCUCGCAGACCUCGCGCUCAACUUCGGCAGGGACGCAAUCGCCCUAGGCUCGCCGGCCGUGCGCGGGCCGCUGGGCGAGGUGCGGCACGCGUUCCGCGCGGCGGAGGCGCGGCCGGCGCGCGUGCUGUCGGACGUGUUCGCGUGCGCGUGCGCCGCGCCGCUGCUGCUACUGUUGCUGCUGUGGGCGCGCCUCGGCCUCAACUUCUCGCUGUGCCCCUGCUCGCCCAGCGCGCUUCUGUUCCACGCCGCGCUCGGAGGUUCCCUGGCGCUGUACGGAGGGCUGUGGCUGCAGCUGUCUAUGUUCGACACCCUGCGCUACCUGUUCCCACUGGGUGGCCUCACCUUCCUCUCGGGACACCGCCUGCUUCGCCGUCUGGCCGCGGACAAGGCGGCGCGCUAGCUAAUUUAAACUAUAAAUAAAUAUUUCUAAUUAAUAAACA